AUGUUUAAAAGACCAUCUGCUCUCUUGAGGCAGUCAAUCAGAGGAAAAUCAUCAAGCUCAACCUCAGCUUUAGCUUACAAGACUUUGCAUCGCAAUCAAAAACGACCACCAUUACCAACAAUAGAUACACCAAACUGGUCUGCCAAUGCAGCUGUUUCAUCAAUCCUUUAUGAGACUCCAGUCCCUUCCAAGGCUCCACCAAAGCAACAUGUUCUCAACUGUUUAGUUCAAAAUGAACCCGGUGUCUUGUCUGGUGUCUCCGGUACAUUGGCAGCUAGAGGGUUCAACAUUGAUUCGUUAGUUGUUUGUAACACCGAGGUUAAGGAUUUGUCACGUAUGACUAUUGUUUUGAAAGGUCAAGAUGGGGUUGUGGAACAAGCAAGAAGACAAAUUGAAGACUUGGUGCCAGUAUAUGCGGUCUUGGACUAUACCAAUGCUGAGAUCAUCAAGCGUGAAUUGCUCUUGGCUAGAGUGUCAUUGUUGGGACCCGAAUAUUUCCAAGAGUUGAUUGCAACCCAUCAAUUGCAUAUCGAUGAUGCGUCCUCGAUCCCCGACUUAUCAGCAACCGAGUCAGCCUUCCAUCCUUCAAAUUUAGCUCCAAGUGAAGCUUUGAGACAAAAACACACGCAUUUGGAUCAUAUAACCACACUUACCAAGCAGUUUGGUGGUAGAGUUGUUGAUAUCAGUGACCGUAAUGUCGUUGUUGAAUUGACCGCCAAACCAAGCAGAGUUUCGGCAUUUAUUACAUUAUUGCAUCCAUUUGGUAUCUUGGAAUUGGCAAGAUCUGGAAUGGUGGCCUUGCCUAGAACUCCUUUGACCGGUGCUGAUGAAGACGAAGUACCUAUAGAUGCUUCUGAUAUUGUCGACGCUUCCCAAUUACCACCAGGUUAA